GAAAAACAUUUGAGACGAGAGAUCCAAGAACAGGAGAAGUGAUUGCAAAAGUAGCAGAAGGUGACAAACAAGAUGUAGAUUUAGCUGUCAAAGCUGCAAGAGAAGCCUUCGACUAUGGAAAAUGGCCUCGAAAAUCUGGCUUUGCAAGAGGAAGAAUCAUGAUGAAGCUUGCAGAUUUGAUUGAUGAACAUCAAGAAGAACUGGCCAUUUUGGAGUCCUUAGAUUCAGGAAAACUAUUUCAUCACAACAAAGUCAUGGAUAUUCCGGGUGCCGCUAACUCGGUUCGAUAUUAUGCUGGUGCAGCUGAUAAAAUUCAUGGGGAGACGAUGAAGUGUUCUGGAGAGUUUCAAGGGUACACAUUGAAGGAGCCCAUAGGUGUGGUUGGGCAUAUUAUCCCUUGGAAUUUUCCAUCUAUAAUGUUCUUCGCAAAAGUUGCGCCGGCUUUGGCCGCUGGUUGCACCAUGAUUGUCAAGCCUGCCGAGCAGACGCCCCUUACUGCUCUUUAUUAUGCAAAUUUGGCUAAGGAGGCUGGCAUACCUGAUGGAGUUCUCAAUGUUGUCACAGGUUUUGGAUCAACUGCUGGUGCUGCACUUUGUUCUCACAUGAAUGUCGACGCCAUAAGUUUUACAGGAUCUACAGAAGUAGGGCGCCUAAUUAUGGAAGCAUCUGCAAGAAGCAAUCUCAAGCCUGUUUCUCUUGAGCUAGGUGGUAAAUCUCCAUUGAUUAUCUUCAAUGAUGCAGAUGUCAAUAUGGCUAUUAAUGUUGCCAAGCAAGCCAUAUUCUAUAACAAGGGAGAAAUUUGUAUCGCGGGGUCUCGGGUUUUUGUUCAUGAAGGAAUUUAUGAUGAAUUCAUCAAGAAGAUUACUGAAAGUCUUAAGGAUUGGGUGGUUGGGGACCCUUUUGAUUCAAAUGUUAAUCAAGGACCUCAGGUUGAUAAGAAACAAUUUGAGAAGAUUCUUCAAUACAUCGAGUAUGGUAAGAGAGAUGGUGCAACCCUUCUGACUGGUGGAAAGCCCUGCGGCAAGAACGGGUACUUCAUUGAGCCAACAAUAUUUACAGAUGUUAAGGAGGACAUGGUGAUAGCUAGAGAUGAGAUAUUUGGGCCAGUGAUGUCUCUCAUGAAGUUCAAGACAAUUGAGGAGGUGAUUGAGAAAGCAAACAACACCAUUUAUGGGUUAGCUGCUGGAAUUAUCACUAAUGAUUUGAACAUAGCAAAUAGAGUUUCAAGAUCGAUUCGAGCCGGCAUCAUAUGGAUAAAUUGCUACACCGUUUUUGAUCAAGAUUGUCCGUAUGGCGGCUACAAAAUGAGCGGAUUUGGUAGAGAUUUAGGAUUACAUGCAUUGGAGAAAUAUCUUCAAGAGAAGACUGUGAUUACUCCAAUUUAUGGUUCUCCUUGGCUUUAAAAUGUUUGCUUUCAUAAAUGGAUUAAAGCUCCUUAAUAUCAUGAGCUUAAGUUAUAAUAUCUCAUUUCUUUCUUGUGGUGGUAGAGAUAUGAAUGGUGUUUCUUCAUUAUAAGGUGAUUGAAGUAAUAAUUUAUCAUUAUGUCUCUAUCA